AUGGCUGCAUCUCCAGAGCUCCUUGCAAUGACACCUCGACUUCCAGACCAAGUUCAGGCUCAGCCUCCAAACCUGACUGAAGUCACAAUUAAACCUGUGGACCUUGAGCUUACCGUAAGUCCAGAAGCAACUACAGAGAUUGAAUAAUUUGCUGCUCUACAGGAGACUACAGCUCCAUUUCCAAAGCUCCCUGAGGUGACAUCUCCACGCCCAAACCAAAUUCAGGCUCAGCAUCCAAACCUGACUGAAGUGACAGUUCAACCUGUGGACAUGGAGCUCACCCUAAGUAUAGAACUCACCACGGAAGUUGGACCUUCAGCCAUGCUGCAGAUCACUACUCAGUCUCCAGAGCCACCGAAGGAGGUUAUAGCUCAACUUCCAGUGUAUCAGGAGGUGACAGUUCCACCCCCAAGUCAGGAUCAAGUUCAGCAUUUAAACUUGCCCAGUGUCACACUUAAACCUGUGGAGUUCUACAGUGAACCCACAGUGGAGGUUGAACAUGCUGCUGCUCAGGAGACCACAGCUCCUCCUCCAACACACCCUCAGGUGACACUUCCACCUGCAGACCAGAUUCAGUCUCAGCAUCCAAGCCUGACAGAAAUCGCAGUGAAGCCUGGGAAUCUGGAGCUUACCAUAACUCCAAAACCUAAUGUGGUGGUUGAACCUUCUCCAACCAAGCAGGCAUCCUCAACUCAGCCUGAAGAGGCUCCUCAGGAAGUUACAGUUCAACCUCCAGAAUAUCAUGAGACACCCAGUGCCACAGUUACAGCUCUGGCCCAGGAGGUCACCAUAACUCCACAACCCACAAUGGAGGUUGAACAGUCUACUGUCCUGAGGAAGACUACAGCUCUUUUGCCAACACACCCUCAGGUGACACUUACACCUGCAGACCAGAUUCAGUGUCAGCAUCCAAACCUGACAGAAAUCACAGUGAAGCCUGGGAAUCUGGAGCUUACUGUAACUCCACAACCCAAUGCAGAGGUUGAACCUUCUCCAAUCAAGCAGGUGUCCUCAACUCAGCCUCCAGAGCCUCCUCAGGAGGUUACAGUUCAACCGUCAGAAUAUCAUGAGGAGAGAGUUCCACUUCCAAGUCAGGAUCAAACUCAGCAUUCAAACUUGCCCAGUAUCACAAUUAAACCUGUGGACCAGGAGGCCACCAUAACUCCAGAACCCAAUAUGGAGGUUGAACCUUCUCCAACCAAGCAGGAGUCUCCAACUCAGCCUUCAGCACCACGUAAGGAAGUUGUAGCUCAAUCUCCAACACAUCAUGAGGUGACAGCUCCACCUUCAGAUCAGGAUCAAAUUCAGCAUUCAAACUUGCCCAGUGUCACAGUUAAACCCAUGGACCAGGAGGUCACCAUAACUCCAGAACCCAAUACGGAGGUUGAACCUUCUCCAACCAAGCAGGAGUCUCCAACUCAGCCUCCAACACCACGUAAGGAAGUUGUAGCUCAAUCUCCCGUACAUCAUGAGGUCACAGUUCCACCUUCAGAUCAGGAUCAAGUUCAGCAUUCAAAAUUGCCCAGUGUCACAUGUAAACCUGUAAACCUGGAGGUCCCCAUAAUUCCAGAAUUCACAACAGAGGCUGAACGUUCGACUACAGCUCCAUCUCCAAAGCAGCCCAAGGAAACACUUCCACCACCAGAUGAGUUUUGGAAUUUGCAACCAAACCUGACUAGUCUGAGGCCAUCUGUAAAUUAUCCUCCAGAAAAGGAGCUGACGGGAUCACCUGAGCAACAGCUACAGGCUCUCAGUGCAGAAAAGAUUCACAUGAGCUCAACUACCAUUGACAUAUAUGAGCUCUGUACCUGCGAAGAUGAGACACUGUCCUGUUCUGGUCUGAGUCCACAGCAGAGGCUGCAAAAAAUCCGUGUGCCAGAACCCAGCACCUACAAUGGCACCUUCACCAUCCUAAAUUUCCAAGGAAAUUCUAUUUCUUACAUUGAUGGAAAUAUAUGGAAGGCAUACCUCUGGACUGAGAAACUAAUUCUCAGUGACAAUUAUUUGAGCAAAUUACAUAAGGAUUCAUUUGAAGGCCUGCUAUCCCUCCAAUAUUUAGAUUUAUCCUGCAAUAAAAUACAGUCUAUUGAAAGAUGCACAUUUGAACCACUACCUUUUUUGCAGUUUAAUUUACAAAUAAAUCUUGGUUGCAAUUUACUCACAGAACUCAGCUUUGGAACAUUUCAGGCUUGGCAAGGAAUGCAGUUUUUACACAAGUUAAUUCUCAAUCGUAAUCCUCUGACAACUGUUGAAGAUUCAUAUCUUUUUAAAUUGCCAGCAUUAAAAUAUUUCUAAGUAUGCAAAAAUCUGUGUCAACUUACAACAGUUGAGAACAUCCUCAUGAUGACAAUCGAGUUGGAAAAAUUGAUUUUACCUAGUUGAAUGGCCUGCUGCCUCUGCCAAUUUAAAAAUAAUAUUGAGGUUAUCUGCAAGACAGUCAAACUGCAUUGUGACGGUGAAUGUAUGACAAACAUAACAUGUUGUGAUGAGGAAGCAUCUCUAGCAGAUGCAGAAGGAGCGUUCAUGCAGGCAUUACAAGCCCAGAAGAAGAACACCAGCACUGAGCUGACUAUUGAGCCAGAGAAACCAUACUAGGACCAAAAUGGCAUCAGUUUGUGUGCUUUCAUGAAUGAACAGCUCGACUUUAAUGAUGAAACUGAUGUUAUUGCUGCACUGAAUUACAUAUUACCUUAUUUCUCAGAGGGAAAGCUAGAAGAUGUAGCAUCAAUAUUAUUACCAUUCAUUAAACUAGGGCCAUGGGAAAACAGCCUGGCAAAGAUUCAGAAAGCAAGUGUAGAAGAAAAGCUGGAGACACUGAACAGAGACAUCAAGGGGCUAAAGGACUUCUGGAAAAGGCACUUCAAAGAAAUGGGGAAAAGGAGCAUCAAGAGGAAAUGGAGUGCCCAGCCAUUUGUGGAGAAUAUUGACAAAGAAAGAAGGCCCAGGAGGCCAACCCCAAGGGAGCUGGGACAGCUUUUCUUUGUGAGGAAGCCAAGGAAGUUAGAGGGAAACUCCUUUGAUGCUGAGCCUUCAUUUAUAAAGGAACAUAAGGCAGCAAUCUCUUCUUUCCCAAAACAAUACUUGUUGGGCCGGCCUUCUACCUCCAACCCUCCAAGAACCCGACCUGAGAUUAGAAAUAAAUUGAAAGACUUAUCCUACACCCUUUUUGUUUUAGAAGAUGCAAAUGCUAGAGUUAAAAACAUGAAGGCUCCUAAACUAAUCUCACAUUCCAGGAAAAAUUACCUCUUUCAGAAAGCUCACUCUCAUGCAAUCCACAGGCCACUCAAGGCCAGACCAAGUCAAAAGUUCAGAAAGAAAGGUUCACUCAAUAGACUUAUGCUUGGAAAGAGACCUCCUUUCUCUGCAGUGAGGAGCCUCAUAAAUUCCCCUGCACAAGAGGCUUUUUCAUCUUCAGGAGAACUAAGUUCUCAGGAAACUCCUUUUCCAGAAGCAUUUGGGUUUUCAGAAUCUCCCGCAGGAAGUGCUGCUCCAGAAAAUGCUAGUGUAGAAAGCACGUUUGUAGACAACGCUUAUGCAGAAAACACUACCAUGAUAGACGAGUCUACACCUAAAAGUCCUGCCUUUAGGAGUUCUUCCACUGCAAAUUCUGCUAUGACUGUGGACAACUUAAUGUUAACAGUUAAACGAGCCAAUGAAACACAGUGGGAAUACCAUAACCUGGGCACAGACUUAUCCUCCAAGCCCAAUGGCUCCACUCUCCCUUUCCUCCCAUCCCCGGGUGAUAGAUUUGAAACUCAGCUAAACCAGCAGCUACGGUCCCUCAUCCCCAACGAUGUGAGAAGGCUCAUUUCUCAUGUUAUCCGGACUUUGAAAAUGGACUGCUCUGAGCCCUGUGUUCAACUGGCCUGUGCAAGGCUCAUCUCCAGAACAGGCCUCCUGAUGAAGCUUCUCAGUGAGCAGCAGGAAGUAAAGGUGUCCAAGGCAGAGUGGGAUACAGACCAGUGGAAAACUGAGAACUACAUCAAUGAGAGCACAGAAGUCCAGAGUGAACAAAAAGAGCAAGGGUCCAGGGAGUACACAAAGGAGGUUCCAGGAUAUGGCUGUAACCACAAACUCAUCUUGGCAAUAUCUGUCACUGUGGUAGUGAUGAUUUUGAUUAUAAUUUUCUGGUUUCCCUUCUCUGGCUCAACCUUUUUAUCCCAAUCUCCCCCACCUCUCUAG